AACACUAGUCCAAAGUCCAAACCGAGAGUCAGUGACCUCUUUGAACAGGGGUAUUUUAGGAAUUCCAAAAUGAGAGUCUACAAGAGUUUCAAUCUGAAGUCCGAUAGUUAAAAAUCCUGUAUGGAAUUAUGAGUUUGUUGCGGCAGUAAAAUGAUUGAACAGAGAGUCCUGUGUGUUAGUUGAUGAUUGAUGGCGGCUUUGAGAAGUAGCGCGAAUCUGCGAACGGCGGCCAACUUAGACCGUGAAGUUAACCCUGCUGCUGCUGGGUCUGAGUCUCCUGUUCAGUUUUCUAAUCCUUUGCCUCCUCGCCUUUCUAUCUCCAAACCUUCUUGGGUCGUUAAAACUGAGUCAAAUGUUUGGAGAGAAAAGUUUAAAAAGCCAAAUCCUCCUUGUGUCAUCUGUGAUGGAACUGGUAGAGUGGAUUGCUUUCAAUGUCAAGGAAAAGGUAGGACUAAUUGUGCGAACUUGGCUAUGCUUCCAAAAGGAGAAUGGCCAAAAUGGUGCAAGACUUGUGGUGGAAGUGGGCUUGCACAUUGCUCUCGUUGCCUUGGAUCAGGGGAAUUCAGAGAUGUGAUGGGCUUUCGUUUCAUGAAGAGAGAUCAAACUAGUAAUUAUCGCGGAACAUAUCGAAGGACAAACGGCUCCAAUUUCCUUAGGAAUGAAUAGACUUCGUCCUCGACUCCCCACAGGACCCAAAUAUGAACAUGGUCAUUUUGAAUAUCGCAUGUGGUAAUGAACCUGCAUGAGCAACAAGCGGUGAUUGCGACAAGCUAUCAUACAGGAGCAACAACCCCUGAAGUUGUCAACUAUUACAAUUAUUACCUCUAGGGAAGUUGGUACAACAGGAAGGUAUAGUUGGAUACAACAAUAGAUACUACUAGCUUGAAAACAUUUCAUAUAUACUGACAUAUAUUUUGUUUAUGAAUAGAUCUUCCAUUUGGAUCAAUCCUUUGUUUCGUGUUU